AUGGGCUACACAGAGGUUGACCAGAAGGCCAUCAACACCAUCCGCCUGCUCGCGGUUGAUGCGACCUUCAAGAGCAACUCGGGACAUCCCGGUGCUCCCAUGGGCAUGGCUCCCAUUGCUCACGUUCUCUGGGACAAGUUCAUGAAGUUCAACCCCAAGAACCCCAAGUGGCUGAACCGCGACCGAUUCGUCCUCUCCAACGGCCACGGCUGCAUGCUCCAGUAUGCGCUCCUCCACCUGUUCGGCUAUGCCUUGACCAUCGAUGACCUCAAGGCUUUCCGAACUGUUGACAGCAUCACUCCUGGCCACCCCGAGUCUCACGAUACCCCCGGUAUCGAGGUCACCACCGGCCCUCUGGGUCAGGGUAUCUGCAAUGCCGUCGGCUUGGCCAUGGCCCAGGCCCACACCGCCGCCGUCUUCAACAAGCCCGGCUUCAACCUCGUUGACAACUACACCUACUGCUUCCUCGGCGAUGGCUGCUUGAUGGAGGGUGUUUCCGGCGAGGCCUGCUCCCUGGCUGGUCACCUCCAGCUGGGCAACCUCAUUGCCAUUUACGACGACAACCACAUUUCCAUUGACGGUGACACCAACGUCGCCUUCACUGAGGAUGUUGCCAAGCGCUACGAGGCUUACGGCUGGCACGUGGUCGUCGUCGAAAACGGCGACCACGACCUCCAGGCCAUGGAGGACGCCAUCAAGCAGUGCCAGGCUGUCAAGGACAAGCCCUCAAUCAUCAAGCUGCGAACCACCAUUGGUUUCGGCUCCCUCCAGGAGGGCACCCACGGUGUUCACGGCUCUCCCCUCAAGGCCGAUGACAUCAAGCAGCUCAAGACCAAGUUCGGCUUCAACCCCGAGGAGACCUUUGUCGUCCCCAAGGAGGUCCACGACCUGUAUGAGAGACACUCUGCCGAGGGCGCUGCCCGCGAGGAGGAGUGGAACAAGCUGUUCGCCAAGUACCAGAAGGAGUACCCCUCAGAGGCUGCUGACCUUGAGCGCCGCCAGAAGGGUGAGCUGCCCAAGGACUGGGAGAAGCACCUGCCCGUCUACACCCCCGGCGACGCUGCCAUUGCCAGCCGAAAGCUGUCCGAGACUGUUCUCAGCAAGCUCGAGGGUGUCCUGCCCGAGCUUGUUGGUGGAUCUGCCGAUCUGACUGGCUCCAACCUUACCCGCUGGAAGGAGGCUGUCGACUUCCAGCCCAAGGCCACCGGCCUCGGUGACUACUCCGGACGAUACAUCCGCUACGGUGUCCGUGAGCACGGUAUGGGUGCCAUCAUGAACGGUCUGGCCGCCUACGGAACCAUCAUCCCCUACGGUGGUACUUUCCUCAACUUCGUCUCCUACGCUGCCGGUGCCGUCCGUCUGUCUGCCCUGUCUCGCAUCCGCGCCAUCUGGGUUGCCACCCACGACUCCAUCGGUCUGGGCGAGGACGGUCCUACUCACCAGCCUAUCGAGACCCUGGCUCACUUCCGUGCUCUCCCCAACUGCAUGGUCUGGCGCCCUGCUGACGGCAACGAGACCAGCGCCGCCUACUACAUUGCACUAACCUCCAAGCACACCCCCAGCAUCAUUGCCCUCUCUCGACAGAACCUGCCCCAGCUCGAGGGCUCCGUCAUUGAGAAGUCCAUCAAGGGAGGUUACGUCCUGCAGGAGGUAGAGGGUGCUCAGGUCACCCUGGUGUCCACCGGUUCCGAGGUUGGCAUCGCCGUUGAUGCCGCCAAGCUGCUGUUGGAGAAGCACAACGUCAAGGCCCGCGUUGUCUCCAUGCCUUGCUUCGAGGUCUUUGACACUCAGUCCAAGGAGUACAGACUCUCUGUCCUGCCCGACGGUAUCCCCUCUCUGUCCAUUGAGGUCAUGAGCACCAUGGGCUGGGAGAGAUAUACUCACGAGCAGUUUGGUCUCAACCGAUUCGGUGCCUCUGGUGCCUACAAGGAUGUCUACAAGAAGUUCGAGUUCACCCCCGAGGGCAUCGCCAAGCGCGCUCUCCUCACCAUCGACUUCUGGAAGGACGUCCCCAACGUUCGAUCUCCCAUCAACCGUGCUUUCCAGCAGCUCAUCUAA